AUGGCUGCAGCAGCACUCGUCACAGAGAACUUUAAGUUUGUGUCCCUCUUCUUCAAGAGUAAAGAUGUGAUGAUCUUCAACGGUCUGAUCGCUCUAGGCACCGUGGCCAGCCAGACCGCAUACAAUGUUUUUGCCUUUGAGUGUCCGUGUUCGUCUGGGAGGAACUACCUCUACGGCCUGGCUGCCAUUGGUGUUCCGGCACUGGCAUUUUUCCUGGUGGGAAUAAUGAUGAACAAGAGCACAUGGGACCUGGUGUCUGAGUGUCGGCUCAGGAAGUGCCGGAAGCUGUCAGGAGCCUCUGCAUUUGCGCUGCUGGGAACCAUCGUUGGUCGAGGCGUGGUGGCUCCGAUAACGUGGGUAGUUUUCUCUUUGCUGCAGGGCCAGGCAUACAUGUGUGCCCUCAGCGAGUUCGUUGACCCCAGCACGCUGGAGGGCUUGCCUCCAGGUCAGGGGUCAAAGGUAAUGGCGAAAUUCCCGUGCAAAGAAAGUGUUCCAACAGAGCUGCAACGAUUCUGGGCUGAAGUUGAGCGACGACUGAAAUAUGAAUCUCAGCUGCUAGGCUGGCUGCUGGUGGCAUUAAUGUCACUGAUGGUGUUCCUGAUACUGUGCGUGAAGCGCUGCUCCUCUCCACUUGGCUACCAGCAGGAGGACUACUGGUCCCAGUACCGCUCUAACGAAAAGACCCUCUUCCAGCGCACAGCGGCUGUCCACUCCCGCCUGCUGGCUGCAGAGAACGUUAAGAGCUUCUUUGGUUUUGUGGCACUGGAGAAUGAGGAGAAGGAGCAGCUGGCCCAGCACCAGAGCGCCAGUCCCAUCUGCAGCACAAACUGGAACAGGGUGACCGGCGUCUACCUCUACAGGGAGAAAAACGGACUGCCUCUGUACAGCAGGCUCAACAAAUGGGCCACGUACAGCCUGGAGAACAACGUGGAGGCCAUGGAGAAAGAGAUGGACGUGCUCAGCUGA